UUUAAUGUCGAAUUUUGUGGUGAUCGUCACGUUUUUCAUGGAGAAUUACGAAAACUUUAUCUUCCAGAAUAUAUUCAGUAAUUUUCUAUACUUAUAAUAAUCGGUCUGAACCCGUCGGAGUUGUUAUUUGUAUGGUAUUAUCCCCAUAACCGUCAUCAUGCCGGUGUUUGUCAACAAACCCGAGUUCGCUCUGAAGCGAGCAGAAGAAUUUCUGGAUGUGGGCAAGAAGAUCCGGGCCCUGGAGGCCCUCACGGAGGCCAUCAAGAACCGCAAGCAGCGCAUCUGGCAGAAAUCACACGAGGACAUUAUGAAGAAGUUCAUCGAACUGUGCGUGGAGCUCAAACAGUCACAGACGGCCAAGGAGGGCCUGCAUCAGUACAAGAACCUGACGGCCAACGUCAACCCCAAGAGUCUGGAGGACAUUAUCCGCUACUAUCUGAAGCUGAGCGAGAUGAAGUGCGACGCGGCGCGCGAAAAGGCCAACGUCAAUGUCAGCGCUACAGAGAACGGAGCGGUUGCGCCCAUUGUCGAUGUGGACGAUCUGGAUCUGGCCGAGUCGCCGGAAGGGAUGUUGCUGAAAGUCGUCAGUACGGACACGUCACAGGAUCGGGCGGAUCGCGUGAUGCUGCUGCCGUGGGUGCGCUUCAACUGGGAAGCCUACCGGCACUGUCUGGAUCUGCUGCGCAACCUGUCCAAACUGGAGGCACUGUACCACGAUAUCGCGUCGCAGGCCUUCAAAUUCUGCCUGAAAUAUGUCCGCAAAACCGAACUCCGCAAACUCUGCGAAAUGUUGCGCAACCACAUUGGGCAGAUCUCCAAGCGCGAGGUGAUCACGGCCAACGCCGUCAACCUGAACAAUCCGGAGACGCAGGAGCUGAAUCUGCGGACACGGCUGGUGCAGCUGGAUCACGCCAUCGCCAUGGAAAUGUGGCAGGAAGCCUUCCGCGCCAUCGAGGACGUGCACGGCCUGAUGCUGAUGCUGAAGAAGGUCCCGAAGGCCGCCCUGAAGGCCAACUACUUUGAGAAACUGGCGCUGGUCUUCUUACGCGCCGGCAACGCCGUCUUCCAUGCCGCCGCGCAGCACCAGUUGUUCGGGUUGUACCGCAACUUCCGCAAGGAUUUGAAUCCCGAGGAACUGCGCAAGUUGGCCGUGGCCGUGCUGUUCGCCACGUUGGCGGUGCCGUUGCAGCCGCCGCGUUCGCAGCUGGAGACGCUGCUGGAGUACGACGACAAUGCCGCCAGUAAAAUGAAACAGCUGACCAUGCUGGUGGGAUACACGCAGCCGCCCACACGCGCCAAACUCGUCGAAGAUUUGCAAAAGCUGCAGAUCCUGCAGUACGUCCGUCCGGAGCUGCAGCAGCUGUACCACUCCCUGGAGCUGGCCUUCGACCCGCUGAACAUGGGCAGCCACGUCGCGGACGUGCUGAGCAUGGUCAACAACAUGGACGAGAUGGCCGCCGUGCGCCACUACGUCAAGGCCAUCGAGGAGGUGGCCGUCGGCAAGCAGCUCCGCCAGCUGUCGCAAGCGUACGAUUCCAUCGAGUUGGAGCGCGUGGUCAGCCUGAUGCCGUACACGGACGAAUCGACUAUCGAGCGCGUGGCCAUUGAGACGGCCCGCAACACCGACCUCGAGGUGCGCAUCGACCACCGCAAACCCAAGCUGUUCGUCUUCGGGUCGGAGGUGGCGCUGGCGCCCUACGAGGCGGAGGACACCGCCGCCACGGAGCUGAACGACGCCCAGGUGCCGACGGACCGCGUGCGCAGCCAGCUGGUCAGUCUGCUCAGCGCCCUGACCCGCACGCACCGCGUCACCAAGAGCCACGCCGAACAGGAAGAGGAGAACCACAUCCGGGCUAAUCUGUUCAGCCUGUACCGGAAGAACGCGCAGCGGGAUCAUGCGAAUAAUCUACAGCGCCCGCAAAAGAGCGAUAAUCGGCAGCGCUUCCUGGAACAACGGGAACGCGAACGGGCGGCGCAGGAUGAGCGCGCCAAGCGGACGCGCGACAACGAGCUGGCGGUGGCGGACGACAUGCGGCUGCAGAACUACAACAAGCAGCGCGAGGACCAGCGCAACAAGCAGAAGGAGCGCGAGAUGGAGCAGCAGUAUCUGCGCAAGAAGAUCGAGAAUAUGCGCAGCACCGAGUUCGGCAUGCGCGUCCUCAAGGAGAUCAACGAAGAGGAUUUGGAGAAUAUGGAUAUUAAGGUGCUGGAGAAGUUGGAGCAGAAGCACAAGGAGGAACUGAAGCGGGAGGAGGACGAGAAUACGGCGCGGCUGAAGGUGCAGGAGAAGAAGAUCGAUCAUACGAUCCGCGCUAAGCAUUUGGAAGAGGUGCCGCUGCGUAAGGAGCACAAUCUGGAGAUGACGGAGAUGUUCCGCAGCGCCUGGCAGGAGGCCGAGGAAGAACGGUUGCGUAUUCAUCGCGAAGAGCGGGAGUUUAUGUUGAUGAAGCGGGAGCGGAUGCGGCGCAUGCUGGAGGAGCGCACGGCGUUCCUGAACGAGGUGGUGGCGCGCAAGAAGGAGCUGUACGAGACGAAGGCGGCCGAGUGGGAGCAGCUCUACAAGAACCAGAAACGCGAGCGGCUGGAGGCGCGCCGCGUCAAGCGCGAGGAGGAACGCCGCACGCAGUGGAUUGAGAAGCAGAAGCAGGAGGAGCGGAUGCGCCAGGAGGAGGAGCAGCGCAUCCGCGAGGAGGAGGAGCGCGAGCGCAAACGCAAAGAGCGCGAGGAGAACGAGCGCAAGCUGAACGAGCAGGCCGCCAAGCAAGCGGCCCGCGAGCGGGAAAUCGAGGAGCGGCAAGCGGCGCGCGAACGCGAGGCCGCGCAGCAACAGGCGAUGGCGCGUAGUGAGCGCGAACGGGAACGCGAGGCCCCGCCCAACAUCCGCCAGCCGGUGGGCGUGGCCGCGGCGGCGGGAGCGGGAGCGGCGGCCCCGCCCAAUUUGUGGCGCCGUACCGGCGGCGACGGUGGCGCCCCCGCCACGGGUGAGCCGCCGGCUCAGGAACGCCGCGAUCAAUGGCGUCCUGCAGGAGGACGGGAGACGCUGGAGAUUCGUCGCCAGGACGGGCCGGUGAUCGAGAUCCGCCGCGGUGAACCCGCGCCGGCCGCCGCUGCGGAACCGGCCCAGCCGCAUUUCAAAGAAACCGACUACACUUCCGGUCCGACGAUUAUUCGCCGCGGCGCCGAGCCGUCCGGGGAAGCGGCCGGCCCACCGCCGCCGGGACCCGGUGCGUACCGACCGCCCGCGCGUGACGGUCCGCCGCUGGACGACCGCGCCGCAGCGCCGCGUGACGGCGACCGUUUCAGCCGGGAUAACCGCGAGCAGGGCGGCUUGCAGCGCCGCUUCGAGGACCGCGAGCAGGGCGGUUUCCAGGGCGACCGCGGCGGCGAUCGUGGCUUCCAGCGGAACUUUGGCGGGGAUGCGCGCGGCGAUAAUCGCGGAUUCGGCCGCCCGAACGAGCGGGACCGCGAUCAUCGCGGCGGCGGCUUCGAGCGCGACCGCCGCGGGGGCGGGCCAGGCGGCGGCCAGUCGGCGGCGCCCGCCGGCAGCUGGCGCACCAACAACUGAGGGCGGUCGGCUGAAAUGGAAAUUUUGGAUUGAUUUAUUUCUGGUGUUUGCUUUUUUUUCUAAUUAAUUUUUUUUGGCGCUGUUUCUCCGGCUUUUUUUGCUGUCGUUAAAUUAACUCGGAAUGAUGUGGGAAAUGCUGUUUGUGCGCGUUUAACCCCGUAGAAAACAUGUUUGCUUGCGAGAAAUAAUUAAAUUAUCCUGUUUAUGACCCAAGAAGAAUAAUCAAUAAGAAAACGUAAAGCAAUCAUUAAAUUGUAGAAAAUACAUAUGAAUAAAAA